GGUAUGCUACAGAACCUCGUUGCCAUACAAUAUUCCCUGCUCUCGCAAUAACUCGCUGCUCAUUGAUCUAUCUACUUCUUCGUCUCCGAUUUAUUACACCGUGCUAACUGCUGAUCUGCUACUACUAGCUUGCGCAUCAAUGAUUUAUUGCUGCUGCUCACCUGUCCCUCUCCUCGCCUCCCCUUUAAAUCCUCGCGCUCCUCGUCCCCGGAACCCCGACCACCGUACUCACCGCAGCCAUCUUGCAGAGCUAGCUAGGUACAAGGAUCGUAUAGUAAUAGCGCCAAUGGCCAAGUGGUGGUGCAUCGCCUCCCUGCUGCUCUGCCUCGCCGUGGCGGCCGCGACGGCUGCCAGGACCGUGCCCCGAGACGACUGCGACACCGCCACCUUCGAGGCCGCCACGGGCGACAACACCAACGCCGGCGCCGUGGGCGAGGCCAAGACGGCCGACGUCUUUGGCGGGAGCAACGGCGGCGGCCUCUUCGGUGGCGUCCACGGGCCGCUCGGCGGGGGCGCCGCCGGGUUCGGCCUGUUCGGAGGGGCCAUCGCUGGCGCCGGGCCGUUCGGCGGGUUUGGGGGCGGCGGCGGCCUCGCGUGGCACCUAAAAAGAUCCCCGAAAAGGCACUACUCCUCAUCAGCUGCGCCCGUGACGCGCGCUAUUUGCGUACCUGCCGGCGUGCCGCGCCCGCUGGCUCUGCAGCGAAACAGAGCUUGGCUCACGCGCCGCGCUUGA